AUGCAUCCUCUCUGCACCUCCUCUCUGCGCCUCCUCUCUGCACCUCCUCUCUGUGCCUCCUCUCUCCCUCCCCUCUGCACCGCCUCUCUCUCCCUCCUCUCUCCCUCCUCCCUGUGUCUCCUCUCUCUCUCUCCUCCCUGCGCCUCCUCUCUCCCUCCUCUCUGCACUUCCUCUCUCCCCCUCCUCCCUGCGCCUCCUCUCUCUCCUUUCUCUCCCUCCUCUCAACCUUUCUCUCUACGCCUCCACUCGUUCCCUCCUCUCUCUCCCUCCUCUCUGCACUUCCUCUCUCCCCCUCCUCCCUGCGUCUCCUCUCUCUCCUUUCUCUCCCUCCUCUCAACCUUUCUCUCUACGCCUCCACUCGUUCCCUCCUCCUCUCCCCCUCCUCCCUGUGUCUCCUCUCUCCCUCCUCUCUGCACUUCCUCUCUCCUCCUCCUCCCUGCACCUCCUCUCUGCACUUCCUCUCUCCCCCCUUCUCCCUGCACCUCCUCUCUCCCCCUCCUCCCUGCACCUCCUCUCUCCCUCCUCUCUGCACUUCCUCUCUCCCCCUCCUCCCUGCACCUCCUCUCUCCCUCCUCUCUGCACUUCCUCUCUCCCCCUCCUCCCUGCACCUCCUCUCUCCCUCCUCUCUGCACUUCCUCUCUCCCCCUCCUCCCUGCACCUCCUCUCUCCCUCCUCUCUGCACUUCCUCUCUCCCCCUCCUCCCUGCACCUCCUCUCUCCCUCCUCUCUGCACUUCCUCUCUCCCCCUCCUCCCUGCACCUCCUCUCUCCCUCCUCUCUGCACUUCCUCUCUCCCCCCUCCUCCCUGCACCUCCUCUCUCCCUCCUCUCUGCACUUCCUCUCUCCCCCUCCUCCCUGCACCUCCUCUCUCCCCCUCCUCCCUGCACCUCCUCUCUCCCCCUCCUCCCUGUGCCUCCUGCUGCUCAGUGCAACACUUUCAUGAUCAAAACAGAAUCGUGCAAUGA